GCCAGGGACACCACACAUAUUACGAGCGACAUGACUUUAGCAAUCACUUAAUUGUUGUACAAGAAUAUUUAUUUUUAGCAAUGAAAGGGUUGAGGGAGAAAAUCAACAGGAGCAAGUAAUUAACACAGUAUGUGAUACAUCUUUCGCAUUGCUAGUGGCACAGUUCCUAAUGUGGUUAUGUAUGGCUGUGAAACGUUCUCUCGUACUUUGAGUCAAGAACAUAAAUUACAAGUAUAAUUUAACUUCAUGGAUUCACUGAAAGUUGUACCUGGUUCAUGUAAUCAGACAUGUCAUGAUGAAAAUCAGGUCAUCAAUAUAAAAGCCGAGGAGGUCACAGAUUUUCAAGAAGAGGAAGAUUCUUUCAUAACAACGUUUCCAGAAAUAAAGGUUGAACAUGAGAACUGCACGGAUUUACCAAAAGAUGUAUCAGGCUUAGACCGUGAGACAUGUCAAGGAAAUGAUGCCAUCGAUAUAAAAGUUGAAGUUACAGAUAUAGAAGAGGAGGCGGAUCCUUUGCUAAUUACAUUUCCCGUAAUAGAUACUCAACAUGGGAACACUGUGAAUGAGCAUGAAAUAUUGCAUGGUCAGCCAUGCCCUUAUACCUGUGAUGUGUGUAAUAAACCGUUCAGUACUAAGAGCAAUUUGAAACAACAUCAGCGCAUACACAGUGGUGAUCGGCCAUACUCCUGUCAUAUGUGCAAUAAAUCAUUCAGUACUAGGAGCAAGUUGAAGAUACACCAGCGCAUACACAGCGGAGAGAGACCAUAUACUUGUGAUAUUUGUAAUAAAUCAUUCAGUGAGAAGGGUGUUCUAAAGACCCAUCAACGCAUACAUAGUGGAGAGCGGCCAUAUUCGUGUGGUAUGUGUAAUAAAUCUUUCAGUACCAAGUGUCGACUGAUGAUUCACGAGCGCAUUCAUAGCGGCGAGCGACCAUAUUCUUGUGAUGUGUGUAAGAAAUCGUUUAAUGAGAAGGGUGGUCUAAAAGCACAUGAACGCAUACAUAGUGGAGAACGACCAUACUCUUGUGAUGUAUGUAAUAAAUCGUUCUGUCGGAGGAUUACUCUGUCAAUGCAUAAACGCAUACAUAGUGGUGAGCGGCCAUAUUCGUGUGACAUUUGUAGAAAAUCUUUCAGUCAGAGGAUAAGUUUGUCAAUACAUCAACGCGUACAUAGCGGGGAGCGGCCGUAUGCUUGUGAUAUUUGCAGUAAAACUUUUAGUUGGCUAAAUAGCCUGAUUGUGCAUCAACGUGUACAUAGUGGAGAGAAGCCAUAUUCAUGUGACGUUUGUAAUAAAUCAUUCAGUCGAAGGAUUACUUUGACAAUGCAUGAACGCGUACAUAGUGGGGAUCGGCCGUAUUCCUGUGACAUAUGUAAUAAAUCUUUUAGUCAGAGGAUAAGUCUGUCAGUACAUCAACGUGUACAUAGUGGGGAACGGCCGUAUGCUUGUGAUAUUUGCAGUAAAACGUUUAGUUGGCAAAGUAGUCUCAAUGUGCAUCAACGCAUACACAGUGGAGAGCGGCCAAAUUCCUGUGAUGUGUCUAAUUAAUCAUUCGGGAAUAGAAACUUUCUUAAGGUGAUUUAUUGCAUGUGUAGUGUUGAGUGGUGUAUUGCUGUGGUGUGUAAUAAUUUGUUAAGGACUCAGUGCCACCUGGAGACACAUCAAGAACUUAAACACAAUGCAGAGUGUCCAUACUGCUGUGAUGUUUGCGUUAAGUUGUUUAGUGAGAAGAGUAAAGUGAGAGAGAUCAGCAAGUAUAUGGUGUGGAGUUUUCUGUUAAGUUCAUUGUAAAUGAUUCAGUAAUUUGAGUUGUCAUGAGUGUGUAUAUUUCUCUGAUAUGUUUGUAAUAAAUAAUUGAAUAAGUGGGGUAA